AUGGCGGCCGGGGUGCCUGGCCUUGUCGGCUGCUCGCGCCGGUGUAGCGGGCCUCACGCCCUGCCGCCCGUAUGUCCGCCUGUGCCGGUUCCGCGCUCCCCCGCGUGCGCCGCCGCGCUCGUCCCGCCUGGAGGCGCGGCGCGGCUCCGUCGGCCCGCUUCCCCCUCCCCGCGGCCGCCCCUGCGCUGCUCUGGCCGGUCCCCUCCCUCCCGCACGGCGGGCAACCCCCGUCACGCUACGGGUCCCACGCCGUCCCGACGCGCUCCCCCCCCCGCGUUCGUUCCCGCCCUCCGCGAGGGCCAGUGCGGCCUCCCCGCGGCGGCUGAUUCCCGUGCGGCGCAGCAUGUCGUCGCCUCCGUCCCGCACCGGGCCCGGGGCGGGGGCCGCUCUCCGGUGCGCUGCCGCGCCGCCCGUACGCGGGAGGGGGGGCCCCCCGGCCCGCCCCUCCGAGCCGCCGCCCCGCGGCCAAGGCCCGGACCGGUCCGGGGCCUGCCCGGGCUGGUGGGGCGCUCUCCUGCCGCCUCCCACUUGGCCCCCUCGCUCCGCGGUGUGGGGGCCGCUUCCCCGGCCAUGUCCGAGGGCGCCCCUCCGACGGCGCCGGGACCGUCCCCGGCCCCCGCGUGCCCCACUGCCGCCCGUGGGUCGCCGGCGCCUGUGGAAGCCCCCCCCUUCCCCGCCGGGCCCCCCGCGCCGCGCCCUGUCGCCCCGCACUCUCCCCGUCACCUCCCGCGGCCCUCUCAGUCGCGCGCCUCCGGGCGCCCUCGCGCGCGCCCGCCCGCUCCCCGCGGCGCUGCGCCCUACGUCCUCCCCCCCUCGGGCGCCGCGUCCCUCUGCUCCUGGCCCCCGCAGGUCUUACCGCACCCCGCCGCCCGCCUGGUCCGUUUCCGCCUCACCGCCCCCGGCGAGUGCGAGCGGGCGCGUCCCCGCCGCCGGGCGCCUUGUGCCCCGGUUCCCAUCCGCGUCCCGUGCUCUCACGGUGCCGCCCUCCGCGCCUACCGCCGCCCCACCUUGCCAGCUGGCCCCCGCACCCUAAGCCCCGGCCCCCCAGCCCAUCACCCUCGGCCUCCCCCUCGGUCGUGGUUACAGCGCCCGGCCCCCGCUCCCCCCCCGCCCGUUCCCGCCGGUCCUGGCGCGGCUUCGGGCAUGUCCUCCCGUGAUCUCCCUCCCGGCCGCGCUCUUCACCCCCGGGGGGCCCGCCUACGCACGCGGCGCCCGUGGGCUCCGAGCACCGCGUGGCGCCGCUCCUGUGCGCCCGGCCCCCCGGUCCGCGGCGCCCCCCCGCGGCCCGUCCGCGCCCGGCGCCGUCCGAACGGCCGUGGCGCGGCGGGCGUCGCUUCCCCUCCGUGCCGUGGGGGGCCCGUUGCCCCCUCGCGGUGCAUUCCCGCCCCGCGGGGCCGCGUCCGCUCGGGCCCCCCCGCCUCGCCUGCCGGCCCUCCCGUGCGGUGUCCGCCCGUAGGGCGUGCCGGCGCCUGCGACCGCUCCCGACGGGCCCCCGGCCCCCGCCGCCUCGGCGGCGGGCUCCGCGACGGGGGCCGGUGCCCGCUGCCCGCGCCGGGGGUCACCGACGCGGGCGGCGCCGCCGUGCUCUACUCUCGGCACCGCUGUGCCUCCCCCCCGCCGCCUCGAGGUCUCCCCAGCUCCGCGCUCUCCAUGGACCGCCCGCUCGCGUGCGCCCCCGGACCAGCCCCCAGGUUCCGUCGCCUCCGCGUGCGGGGCCCCCUCCCCCCCCGCCCGCGGUGCCUUCGCCGCCGAUUCUCUCGCUGCUGCGACUCUAGCCCCUCGUGCCUCGCGUACCGGAGAUGA